GUAAAAGCGAAAUUAGGUCGGCAGUCCUGCCAGCCACACGUCGCGAAAUUACCUAUCUGUCUUAUCAAAAUAAACAACUUCCAGAUCAUUCGUCUCGUACUGCCAACAUGAAUUAUCAGUAUGACAAAUAGAUUUAAAAUUAUUGAUAAACGCUUUUGAGUAGUAAUUUUGAUAGUCGUAUUUACGCUUGUGUAAAAAAUGUGCAAAAGUGCGAUUGUGCUAGUGUCCUUUUUGCUGUGUUACGCGGUCUUACACUGUGAUGGGGCUGCUUCGGACAUCCAGCUCGAUGCGAAGGCCCAAACCACCCACCGGAUAGACAGCUUGAACUUGUUGUCUUACACGUUUCUCCUCAUUCUCACUGUACUUACAAUCUGGUUGUUCAAGCAUCGUAGAGUUAGUUUUUUACACGAAACGGGGCUUGCAGUUAUCUAUGGCCUCAUCGUCGGGGCGAUCAUUCGCUACUCGGGGAGUCCGUCGCAUGUGCUGAACAUGCAAGUCUUCGCGAACGACCCCAAAUACAACUCGAGUUUGCCCCCGGACACCGUGUCUUUGCACUUCCCUGUCAAGGGGCCCUACAUCAAGACCAACAAGACGUUUCAGUACAUGUUUCGGGGCGAGAUCGCCGAUCCCGUGGAGAACGAAAUCGAUCUGAAAGCGACAUUCGAUCCGGAGAUUUUUUUUAAUAUCAUUCUGCCUCCGAUCAUUUUCCACGCUGGAUAUUCCCUAAAGCGGAAAUAUUUCUUUCGUAACUUGGGCGCAAUACUAACAUUUGCAAUAAUUGGUACGACGAUUUCGUCCUUUAUUGUAGGAGCAUUGAUGUAUGGCUUUGUCCAACUGAUGCCUGCAAAGCUAGCCAGCAGUAUCACUUUUCUGGAUACUCUGUAUUUUGGAGCCCUCAUUUCUUCUACUGACCCACUGACAAUCCUCGCUAUUUUUAAUGAUCUACACGUAGAUGUUAAUUUGUAUGCCUUAGUUUUCGGCGAGAGCGUCCUAAACGACGCUGUUGCGAUCGUCCUCAGUGGUUCUAUUCAAAACUAUGGAGAGAGAUACCAGUCAAGGUCGGGUGGCUUCGAAACAAAAGCCUUCUUUAGAGCUGUAGGCGAUUUUUUCGGCAUUUUCAUGCUUUCACUAUUGAUAGGAGCUGUCAUGGGAUGUGUCACAGCAUUGAUGACGAAAUAUACAAGGGUUCGGGAUUUCCCUCUUCUAGAGUCGGCCCUUUUCGUCCUAAUGUCAUACAGUACUUUCCUUAUAGCUGAAGCUUCAGAAUUAACAGGAGUUGUCGCUGUACUGUUUUGUGGCAUUUGUCAAGCUCAUUACACCUAUAACAAUCUCUCAGACGACUCAAGAAUUCGUACUAAGCAAAUGUUCGAAUUGUUGAAUUUUUUAGCCGAAAAUUUCAUUUUUUCCUACAUUGGUGUCUCGAUGUUCACCUUCCCAAAGCAUCACUUCGACCCUUUGUUCAUUCUCACCGGAUUUACUUGCGCUGCUAUUGGUCGCGCGGCAAACAUCUACCCUCUCUCUUUCCUACUGAAUUUAGGUCGAAAGCCCAAAAUCCCGGCGAAUUUCCAACACAUGCUAUUUUUUGCCGGUUUGCGAGGGGCUAUGUCUUUUGCGUUAGCAAUACGAAACACGGUAUCGGAAGCCCGUCAGGCGAUGUUAACUACAACUUCACUAAUUGUAAUAAUCACUGUAAUUAUCCAAGGAGGUGCGACGAUGAAUCUGUUGCAGUGGUUCCAAAUCCCGGUCGGCAUUGAUGAAGAAACCGAGGCGUUGUCCCACCAAGGCCACAAUGUUUACAAUUCAAUGGAGAGUACGUCAGGGGGCAAUACACCAAGGACCGAAUGGAGCGAAAUUAACGAGCCCGACUUGACACGAUUGAACGAAAAGGCUGUUCUAGCCCGAAUUUGGGGCUCCUUUGACACACGCUAUAUGAAACCGCUUCUUACGCACUCACGGCCAACUCUCCUAGAAACGUUACCAGUCUGUUGCAACCCUAUUGCCAGACUGCUUACAACAACUGAGCAAAUGACUCAGGAAGGACAGAAUAAACCAAACAGAGACUCAGACUCUGACCUUUGUAUAGAAGACAAUGAUUUUACUAAUAGUGAUCUAAGGGCGAGUUCUCAUAGACCAAUCCAUUCUAUUAGUGGACAUCAAGUUUAAGAAUUUUUUUAACUGUACUCGAUCAUAUAAAAUGUUGUGAAUUAAGUCUAGUCAUUGCGUUAUUUAUACAGCUUUAAAAUUAUGCACUGUUUGAGUUAUACACGCGCUUUUUCUCCGAAUGAAACUGUGUAACAUUGACCUCGACGCUGAAUCCGCUUCCUUACAGGUGUUACGUUAAUAUUGUGUUUUAGCAGUAUUUUUUAAAUUGUGUAUUGAUAAGAAGACAGUAUUAUUAAGAGUAGAAUAUUUUAAACAGUUUGCAAUAAUUGUUUUCUGAAAUAGUAGCAACUACUAUAAAAAUUUGCAAUAUGUUUUUGAUUGAUUUAGAGCUUUAUUACAUCAGUAUGCCAAUAUAUUGUAUUAAAAUGCUAAAUAUGA